CAAAAAUAGUUUUUAACCACUUUUUUUUAUUUAUUAUUUUCAACUCAAUUACAAUGGGACUAUUUAAUUGGGUUUCGUCAACUUUACUCUUUGGUGGCAAAUCCGAGAGAUGAUGCUUUAAAUCUUCAUCGCCAUUAUCAAUUCUCGGGUUUUUUUUUCUCUUUUUCUUUGCACAAAUUCAAUCUCAAAAUGGAGGCAUUAGUAGUCCGAAAACUUGGUGAUCCAACAACCACUAAUCUCUCGGACGAUAAUUCUCCAAUAAUCGUAGCAAAGAACGAACCUUUGCCGGUAAUCAAAUCUCCGACAGGAAUUAGGAUUAGGGUUAGAGCUACAAGCUUGAAUUAUGCUAAUUACCUUCAAGUUCUUGGUAAAUACCAGGAGAAAGCUCCCCUUCCUUUUACUCCUGGCUCUGAUUACUCUGGUGUUGUCGAAGCAAUUGGUUCUGGAGUUUCUAAGUUUAGGAUUGGUGAUCGUGUUUGUUCUCUCGCUAAUUUUGGUUCUUUUGCGAGUUUCAUCGUUGCUGAAGAGUCUGAAUUGUUUAAGGUGCCAGAGGGGUGUGAUCUGGUUGCAGCAGCUGCACUUCCUGUGGCAUUUGGAACUUCACAUGUUGGUCUUGUUCAUCGAGCUCAACUUAAGAGUGGUCAGGUUUUAUUAGUUCUUGGUGCAGCAGGAGGAGUUGGUGUUUCAGCAGUUCAGAUUGGGAAGGCCUGUGGUGCAAUUGUCAUUGCAGCUGCAAGGGGACCUGAAAAGGUACAGUUUUUGAAGUCAUUGGGUGUUGACCAUGUCGUUGACAUAAGCCAAGAUAAUAUUAUUCCAAAUGUGAAGGAGUUUCUGAAGUCAAGGAAGCUCAAAGGUGUUGAUGUCUUGUAUGAUCCUGUUGGUGGAAAUCUCACGAAAGUUGCCAUGAAAUUGUUAAACUGGGGAGCCAACAUUUUGGUCAUCGGAUUUGCUAGUGGAGAGGUUCCUGUCAUUCCUGCAAAUAUAGCUCUGGUUAAGAAUUGGACUAUACAUGGACUUUACUGGGGUAGCUACAGAAUGCAUUGUCCGAGUGUCCUUGAAUAUUCACUCCUGGAGCUGCUCACGUGGCUAGCAAGGGGCUCAAUAUCCAUUCACAUCUCUCAUACUUUCAGUCUUGCAGAGGUUUGUAGCCCACCGUCACUCACAUUUUGUCCCCUUCUAUUAGAGAAUUCAUGAAGUUGAUCACUUUCUGAUCACUUGCUCAUGAAUUCUGACAUGCUGUUUUAUUCGGUGAGAGUUUAGAAACAGAUGCAUAUGGGACUGUCAUAAACCAUGGUAACAGAAGCAACUUUUUCAUGUUCGAAGUAUUUAUUCUCUUCCAUAUUGGUAGCUCAUUCUGACUCAUUGAUCUUUGACCCUUCGAUCAAAGGGUAUUUGAAGCAUGCUUACCCGUGCUUUCAAUAUUUCUGUGUUUUUUCACUACACCAAGGACUUUUACAAUGUCCCUUAUUUAGUGGGACCAAAGAUUUAUUCUUCUUUGGUUGCUGAUUAUAAUAACGGACCAAAUAAAAAUGGCUCAUUUAAGCAUUUGCACUUCUUAUUUAUGUAAAAGAACUGAUGAUAUUUGCUACCAACGGUCAAUCGGAAACAACCCCUCAACAAUAACAAGAGUAACGUUGCAUACAUCCGAACCCCCAAACCUUGCAUAGGUGGGAGCAACAUAAUGGCAUUGGGGUAAUGAAAUGUCGAUGAACUGCUGUACCAAGGACUUUAACAAAAACAACUGCAACAACCUCACGUGGCCUCUGUGUCACUAAAGUUACUCUUAUUUAGGCAAUCUUAUCAUUGUAAGUCGUUUUAUCUGGUUCAUCUUUGAGCACUUUGACUGCAAUCACCAUUUACAUGGAUAAGAAGAGCGCAUCAAUUUUUUUCCUUCUUUAAUCAGCUUAUGCUUUGUUUUAGAUUUUGUUUCUAUCCCUCUGAAAUUGUAUAUUUCUAUUACAGGCUAACCUUGCGUUUGCUGCCAUCAAAGAUACAAAAGUAAUCGGAAAAGUUAUAAUUACCUUCGAUGAUCAGAAGGCUGCAAGACCUAAACUUUAAUCUCGAGGAAUUUCACCAAUGUACUAUCGGAUACUUCUCAAACAAACUUAAAAGGUAUCGUCAGAUAUAGUGGUAGUGAAAUUAUUUAUAGCUUUUAGAUCAAUAUUGUUCUCAGGGAAGAUUGUUCAUUGUUGAUGUUGUAAAGUUUGCAGUUACAAGUAUAAACAUGUGGAAUAAGAUGCCUUUAUUGUGUGGCUUAGGACACUUUAUGUACAAAAACACAAUUUAUAAAUAAUAAAGUGUUUCAGUCAAAUUACAAAAA